AUGGAGAAUCCGAAAGGGAGUUUUCGUAAGGAAAUUAAGAGACUUGCAUCGGAGCGUAAGAAGCGUCGUGAACGAAAUGAGAGGAAUUUAAGGAAGGAGUAUAAGAAUGCGGAUGCAUCCCACUGUGUAUUUCCGUAUAUCGGUAUUGUAGAUGAUGCUGGUAGGGGUAGACCGGAGAAAGCGGUGGAAAGAUUAAGGGAAUAUGCAGAGUUAAGGAAUAAGAUGAUGUUGGUGACGGAGGAAGCACUGGUUGAGGUUAGGAAGGUUAUCAGGGAAGAGGUAAGACCUAAACCGAUGACGGUGGUUCAGUUAAGGACGGUAUUUAGGAAGGUUUUAAUUCCUUACGGUUGUAAUCCGAGGAAAUCUUACAUUUUGGAGUUGUAUAGGAUAAAAGUGGCGGAACCUUCACGUUCUGUGUUGGAGAUUGAAAACAUGAUGGCAGUAGAAAUGAAGAGGGAACUAAGUCGGUUAGGGUUAGACUUUCUAACGAAUACGAAUAAGACGGUUUUGAAAAAACUUCUCGUGGAGAAUGCGGUAUCAAAUCAGGAUCCGAAACCGUUUGAGUGGGAUUAUCAUCUUAGUCGAUAUUGGAUUGGGUUAAGUCGCUGGUAUACAGUUAGUGGUAUAGAGUUAGAAUCAUUCACGUUAUGGCCGGAAAGAAAUUAAUUUUUUUUUUUAUCAACGUCUUAUGUAAAUAUAAAGUACUAUAAAAAACAUAUAUCUUCGAUCAGUGCGGAAUUUCCUUACGAACGUAUACUCACUCAUUUUUCCCAUACUCAUUCGGAGUAUGGGAAAUUUUUUUUUCAAGAUUUAAAUGUCUUUCCAAGACGGAACAAAAAUAUAUAUCUUUUUCGAAGAUGAUUUUCGUGGGAACGUUUGUGAACAAAGAAACCGGAGACGAAUACAACAAGACUGCCGAAAUUCGGUUCUUGGAUUCUUUUAAAAUGGCAUCGUCCUCGUUGGAUAAACUUGCAAACGGAUUGGAUAAGGAGACUGAUUUUAUAAGUUUGGAUCGGUAUUGUGAUAAGAUGGAAUACACGAAAGAACAACGAAAUUUAUUGAAACAGAAAGGAGUGUAUCCCUACGAAUGGAUGGACGGUCACGAUAAGUUCGACGUGAUAUGUCUUCCUCCCAAAGAGGAAUUUUAUAGUGGAUUAACGGGUGAAGAUAUCAGCGACGAAGAUUACGAACGCGCAAAAAAAGUAUGGAAGGUUUUUAAAAUGAAAAGUAUGUUAGAUUACCAUAAUUUGUAUUUGGUCACGGAUACGUUAAUAUUAUCGGACGUGAAUGUAUGAAUUUAUCGAAAAGGGAAUUCGCGGUGGUGUGAUUACGGCAGUGAUGCGAUACGGAGCCGCCGAUAAUAAGUACAUUGGUAUUUCAGAUAUUCCAGAAGGUGUUAUAGAACUGAUGAAAGACCUGAAUGUACGAAUUCGGAACGAUCCGACAGAGAUCAAGGAAAAAGUGUUGGAUUUUGAAAACAGACUCUGUGUAUUUUUAUGGGAUUACGGUCAUGAAGAGGACGAUAAAGUCAUGACGUACGUGAGUAAGAAUUUAACGCGAUGGGUUACGGAACUCCGUAAUCGGAAGACCGACGUUCCGUCCGUAUUUAUUCCGUAUCUGGAUGCAAAUAGUUUGUACGCCUACGCCAUGAGUCAACCCUUACCCUACGAAGAUUUCGAAUGGAUGAAAAACCUUGAGAAUUGGGACCGACUUUCAGAGGGAAAAGGUUGUUUUCUAAAAGUAGAUUAAAAAUAUCCGAAAGAACUCCACGACUUACACAGUGAUUAUCCGCUGGCUCCCGAAAGGAUAGUGACGGAAAGUAACAUACCGAAAUUAGCACCGAAUUUAGGGGAUAAAAAGGAAUACGUCGUUUACGCAAGGAAUUUAAAAUUUUAUUUGGAUCACGGGAUGGUACUGGAAAAGAUUCACGAAGGAGUCAUGUUUUCGGAAAGACCGUGGAUGGCGGAGUACAUUCAUAUGAACAUCGAACUUCGUAAAAAAUCCACGACAGAUUUCGGAAAAGAUUUUUACAAACUGAUGUGUAAUGCUAUUUUUGGAAAGACAAUGGAGAAUGUGAGAAACCGUGUCGAUAUUCGUCUGGUGAACAGCGAAAAACGUUGGAAUAGAUUAGCGUGUGGAAAGGAUUUUGACAAGGCGACGAUCUUUUCGGAAGAUUUAGUAGCAUCUCAUAUGAAAAAGACCGAGGUUUAUUUAAACAAACCUAUUUAUGUGGGUGCUGUCAUUUUAGAUCUGAGUAAAUUACACAUGUACAAAUUUUUCUACGAUUAUCUCAAACCGAAAUUUGGGGAGAACGUGAGAUUGAUGUAUACGGAUACGGAUUCGUUCAUUUUACACGUGAAAACCGAAGAUCUUUUCGAAGAUAUUUCGAACGAAGUAGACGAAUGGUUUGACACGAGUAGUUUUCCAAAAUCUCAUUCGUCUGGAAUCCCAUGUGGAAAGAAUAAGAAAGUAUUGGGGAUGAUGAAAUUCGAAACGGCUACGGAACAGAUAACCGAAUUUGCUGGUUUGCGAGCGAAACUGUAUUCGUUCAAGUUGGAUGGUGGUAAUGAAGAAAAGAAAGCCAAAGGAAUUAAAAAGGCGACGAUCAAGAAAACAUUAAAAUUUGAGGAUUAUAAAAACUGUUAUCUGACGGGUAAGAAACAGUAUCGCGAAAUGGAUACGAUCCGUAGUCGAAAACAUAUCAUUCAUACGGAACGAAUAAGUAAAGUCACAUUAUCUGCCGACGACGAUAAAAGAUAUAUUUUAGAAGAUGGAACUCGUACGUUGCCCUGGGGUCACAAAGAUAUUUCCGAACAUCAUCGGAACGUGGAAAAAAAAAGAUUUACACAUCCUGCAAACAGAACUUAACGUAGAAACAGCCCCCAACACGUCCUGCGAUCGUAGUGAGUAAGACUUGAAUUUACUGACGAAUAAAUUCAAGUAAAUUUUAAGGUUGUCCUGUAAGAUCUUGUAAGUAGUACUUGACAGUAACCUAAGUAAAUUUUAAGGUUGUCCUGUAAGAUUCAAGGAAAUUUGAAGGAUGUUCUAUAAGAUCUUACAAGUAAAUUUUAAGUAAAAAUAAGUAAAUCCACCUAUAUAAUAAAAUGACAGAACCAAAUCCAGAAAAUCCGGCCCCGACGACAGUGACAGAUCCAGUUAAAACCAGAGUGAAAGAUCCGCGUAGAGUUGAAGCUGGAAAAAAACUGGCGGCAAUCAGCCAGCAGGCAAAAGCGGCGAAAAAAGCAAGAUUAGAAAUGGAACGAAACGGACAACAACAGGAGGAAAUUAAGGAAGAAAAUAAAACAUCGAUGUUUUCAUUGAAUAAUGUAUGCAUGGUCUUAGGAUUGGGAAUAGGUCUUGGAUCCCUCUAUCUUGCAUGGCAAAGUAGUUGUGAAAAUAAGGAAAAAAAAGAUGAUGAUGAUGAGAAGGAGGAAAAAAGUAUUGUGGAAAAAGAGGAACCGACGGAAAAGGAUUCCGAGAGAAUACCUUUCGACAACCGGUUUGAUUGA